AUGGAAAAGAUGUUCACUUUACUUCGAAAUAUAGAGGUAAAAAGGUCUCACACUGGUGUAUGGAAGCGAUGGUCUUCUUCCCUAAGUAGUAUUUUUACGUAUCCUUUGACGGAAACAACAAAACUAUCUGUACCUGACGGCUCAUCUAAACAGCAAAAGCGCAUGGUCUAUUGUAUCAUUAGUUAUCGCGGUACAGGGUAUGCAGGACUUCAGUAUAACAACGCAGCGAAAACAAUACAGGAGGAGAUCUUUCGUGCUUUCUGUAAGAUUGGUGCGAUUUCCCGUUUGAACGCAGACAGUCCUCGAAAGGUCCAUGUUCGUUCCGCCGCUCGAACAGACAAGGGCGUGCAUGCAAUUGUAAACGUCUUGGGCCUAAAGUUGUUAGAUCAUGCUGGCUCUUUCCAGCCUUGGGUCUCGCUGGUCAACAAGCAGCUUCCGGAAUCGAUUCGUGUUUGGAAAGUUGAAAGGACAUUAAAUUCAUUUUCACCUCACAAGGCCUGUGGUAGCCGUCUUUAUGAGUAUUGGUUGCCUGCUUUUGCUAUCGCGACUCCAUCACCCUUUUCUCUAGAUUCAUUGCUUUUUACAAAGCAUUUUCAAUCACCUCAUGCUUCACAAGAAAGCAUCUUGGAAAAAAUCCAAAAAACCCACUCUGAGGAAAAUGCUGCCUCUUCCCCCUUUCGGAUAUCUUCCUCAAAGCUGGAAUGCUUGAAAGAAGCAUGCUCUUUGUUUCAAGGAACACAUUCCUUCCAUAACUAUACUACCCAGAAACCAUUUGGAGAUUCAAGUGCACGCCGUUAUAUGCUUCGUGUCUUCAUUGACUCCAUCCAUUAUGACAAGUACAACCGUCAGUGGUUAAAGCUCACAUUUCAUGGCCAGUCUUUUAUGAAACAUCAAAUCCGAAAAAUGGUCUCAAUUCUUAUAUAUUUGACACGCUCUUACCCGUUUGCAAAUCCCUCCCAAAUCAUCCCAGCAACAUUCCAAAACCCUGUUCGUCUUCAUAUUCCUAAAGCACCCCCUGAGACUCUUCUUCUCGCUGAGCCUAUCUUUCAUUCUUACCAGAAUCGCUGCGAACAAUUCAACUACAAGCCUUUGGAAUGGUCUUCUUUUAAGGAUAAUAUGACACAUUUUGCGAAUCAUUAUCUCCGAACACCCAUGCUAGAGAACUUUGUGUUUACAGACUCAUAUACAAAAUUUUUCAUGUUGCAAAAGCAAGAUCGGCUACUUCAUGAAUUUGCUUUAGCCAUACAACAAGCGUCAUCUAAAAUCGAAAAGUGA